AUGGCGUUGCGCGGCGCCGUAUACUCUCCACGGAUCUGCGGCGGGACACUCAGCUUCGCGAUUACCAUACUCGUUAUACACUCACUCCAUUCCAUCGUCGCCGGAUCGAAUCUCCCUCCCGGCGGCUGCGACGCGUGCCGUCAGCUGCGCGGGCUGGAAGACGCGGGGGUGAACGCGCGCAGCCUGCACCGGCACGUGGCGCUCGUCGGCAACUUCAAGGGGCUCUUCCUCAGCCAGCGCGGCAAGUUCAAGAACCACGCCAGAGGAUCCGGCCCCGUCAAUCUCGAGGUUUUCCAGGAAGUUGGUAACCACGUGGCUGUCGUCGACGGCGAAGCUGGCGACACUCUUGAAAAGUGCUGCGCUGCAUGCAAGCGAACAGCCGGCUGCUACCAAUACCACUUCUUUCGCAGCGCUCAACCACUUGCCACGUCAUCUCGGAGCGACCAACAAGGACUGGCGAAAACGCUUGGAAAGCAAGCACAGGCGGCGUCUGCCGUGCUUCGGCGGAGGGCAGAGCGACCACCGCCGCUGUCCUCGCAAGGCCUGCUCAACGCGUCUUUCUGCCUCGUUUCUGACCGUAGACUGCACAUCAACAUCAGGCUCCGCGAAUCGCCACCGCAGGUUGCAGCCGGUGACCUGGCGGAGGCGUCCGGUGACGUGGCAUAUGCUGCAGCCCCUACAUCCAACCCUGCCUUCGGCCAGAUGUCAACCGCAGCUGCUGCCGAUGCCGCUGCUGCCGCCAGGAAGGAAGCUGAAAAGAGAGCAACUGCGGCUGUUGUGAGGGCUGCUCUUGCAAGCACCAGCAAUGAAGUGAGUGAUAUGGUGGAAGGAGGCGAGGGUGAGCGGGAGGGAGCACAGGCAGCUAUCAGGGAGAUUGGGUUUGUGUGGGUGGCUGAUGGGCUGCACUCCCUUCGCAUGGCCGUAACACCCACGGUAACCGCUGAAAACAGCGGCAGCAAUACUUUGUUGUCCCUUCUGGAGCUGGAUGGCGUGCCGUUGCCGCCCCCAAAAGCAGUGGGCGAUCGGGUGACUGGAUCAGGAGGGCUGGUACUUAGCAAAGUGGCAGAUGAGAGAGAGUGGCCUGUGAACAUGGUGAAGUAUAGAGUUGAGAUCGAGGGAUUGAUGGUGGUGGAGGUGCGAGCGAGCAUCGUGCGAGGAGAAGGGGAUGCAGGUGAGGGGCACCUGUCUGUGAAGCUGAUGAAGGUGAAGGUUUCUCCAACCGUCAAUGGACUUCUGGGUAGCGCAAUACGGGCAUCGUCUAAGCUGGAACUGACCGUGACACCAUUUUACACAUCCUUGAACAUUGAAGACCGCAAUUCCGAGACGACUCUUAGUGGGCCUCUUGCCGACUACCUGUUUCUCUCGUUGCGAUCAACUGCUGCGCUGCCAGAUAUGGCCCUUGCGGCUCGUUUGUCGUCCUCCAACAUCGUAUCUGUUCCCGCUACACUCCCAUCCGCUGCCAGAUCAGCUGGAUCAGCGCGUUCCGCGAAUCUUCUCGCAUCCUCGCGCGCUGAUUGGUCGCACGGUCUUAGCCUGCGAUCGCUGUCGUCUGUCGCCGUUAACGUGUCGAGAAGUCGAAGCAGCGUCAGCACGAUCAAGUGCAUGGCGGAGGCAUCGCAAACUACUGCUGCCGCGGUCUCGUCGCCAGCCACUGGCCUUCGCGUGUUCCGGCUCGCUGACCUGGCGGAGGAUGACGUGGCACAGCUGCUCACCAGGCCGCGCAUAGACUUCACCUCCAUCUUCAGCACGGUGGGCCCUAUAGUGGAGGAUGUGAGACAACGGGGCGACGAGGCUGUUAAAGAGUACACGGAGAGGUUUGACCGAGUCAAACUGGAUGACGUGGUGGUCAGAGUGGCAGAGCUGCCUGACCCUGAGCUGCCUGCUGACGUGGCAGCAGCGUUUGACGUGGCGUUCAGCAACAUCCACAAGUUCCACCUGGCACAGAUGCCGUCCAGCUCAUUCCAAGUGGAGACCAUGCCGGGCGUGGUGUGUGGGCGAGUGGCGAGGCCCAUAGAGCGAGUGGGGCUGUAUGUGCCUGGGGGUACUGCUGUGCUGCCCUCCACUGCUCUCAUGCUCGCCGUGCCCGCAGGCAUAGCAGGCUGCACCACUGUUGUGGUCGCCACUCCUCCCCGCCCUGAUGGUUCAAUCUGUCCAGCGGAGCACGGGCCGGACAGUCAGGUGGUGCUGGUGGUGGUGGGCGAGGGGGUGGAUGUGUCAGCCAUUGAAGCGGAGGUGGAGAGGCAGAGGGGGGAGUUGCCUCGUGGGGACGUUGCUGCCAAAGCGCUGAGCCACUCGUAUGUGGUCGUUGCAGCGAUAUCAACGAGUGUGUGGGUAGUAAGAGAUGGGUGGAAAGGCAAUGUUGCUGCCAAAGCGCUGAGCCACUCAUAUGUGGUGGUAGCAGCUGAUAUCAACGAGGCGUGUCUCUUCUCCAACCGCUACGCCCCCGAGCAUCUCAUCAUCAACGCCGCACAGGCUGUGGACUGCCUGCCCCUCAUCCGCAACGCUGGAUCCGUCUUCCUGGGCCCAUGGACCCCAGAGAGUGUGGGUGACUACGCCAGCGGCACCAACCACGUGCUGCCCACCUACGGCUACGCGCGCAUGUACGGCGGCGUGUCUCUCGACGCCUUCUUCAAGCACAUCACUGUGCAGUCACUCUCCGCCUCGGGCCUGCAGCUGCUGGGUCCCUCUGUGGCCAAGAUGGCCGAGGUCGAAGGGCUGGAGGCACACAGGCGCGCGGUUACCCUACGGCUAGCGGACAUCGAGGCUGCUUCUCACUGCUUCAUCCCCUUCACAGCUGCUUCAUCCCCUUCACAGCUGCUUCAUCCCCUUCACAGCUGCUUCAUCCCCUUCACAGCUGCUUCAUCCCCUUCACAGCUGCUUCAUCCCCUUCACAGCUGCUUCAUCCCCUUCACAGCUGCUUCAUCCCCUUCACAGCUGCUUCAUCCCCUUCACAGCUGCUUCAUCCCCUUCACAGCUGCUUCAUCCCCUUCACAGCUGCUUCAUCCCCUUCACAGCUGCUUCAUCCCCUUCACAGCUGCUUCAUCCCCUUCACAGCUGCUUCAUCCCCUUCACAGCUGCUUCAUCCCCUUCACAGCUGCUUCAUCCCCUUCACAGCUGCUUCAUCCCCUUCACAGCUGCUUCAUCCCCUUCACAGCUGCUUCAUCCCCUUCACAGCUGCUUCAUCCCCUUCACAGCUGCUUCAUCCCCUUCACAGCUGCUUCAUCCCCUUCACAGCUGCUUCAUCCCCUUCACAGCUGCUUCAUCCCCUUCACAGCUGCUUCAUCCCCUUCACAGCUGCUUCAUCCCCUUCACAGCUGCUUCAUCCCCUUCACAGCUGCUUCAUCCCCUUCACAGCUGCUUCAUCCCCUUCACAGCUGCUUCAUCCCCUUCACAGCUGCUUCAUCCCCUUCACAGCUGCUUCAUCCCCUUCACAGCUGCUUCAUCCCCUUCACAGCUGCUUCAUCCCCUUCACAGCUGCUUCAUCCCCUUCACAGCUGCUUCAUCCCCUUCACAGCUGCUUCAUCCCCUUCACAGCUGCUUCAUCCCCUUCACAGCUGCUUCAUCCCCUUCACAGCUGCUUCAUCCCCUUCACAGCUGCUUCAUCCCCUUCACAGCUGCUUCAUCCCCUUCACAGCUGCUUCAUCCCCUUCACAGCUGCUUCAUCCCCUUCACAGCUGCUUCAUCCCCUUCACAGCUGCUUCAUCCCCUUCACAGCUGCUUCAUCCCCUUCACAGCUGCUUCAUCCCCUUCACAGCUGCUUCAUCCCCUUCACAGCUGCUUCAUCCCCUUCACAGCUGCUUCAUCCCCUUCACAGCUGCUUCAUCCCCUUCACAGCUGCUUCAUCCCCUUCACAGCUGCUUCAUCCCCUUCACAGCUGCUUCAUCCCCUUCACAGCUGCUUCAUCCCCUUCACAGCUGCUUCAUCCCCUUCACAGCUGCUUCAUCCCCUUCACAGCUGCUUCAUCCCCUUCACAGCUGCUUCAUCCCCUUCACAGCUGCUUCAUCCCCUUCACAGCUGCUUCAUCCCCUUCACAGCUGCUUCAUCCCCUUCACAGCUGCUUCAUCCCCUUCACAGCUGCUUCAUCCCCUUCACAGCUGCUUCAUCCCCUUCACAGCUGCUUCAUCCCCUUCACAGCUGCUUCAUCCCCUUCACAGCUGCUUCAUCCCCUUCACAGCUGCUUCAUCCCCUUCACAGCUGCUUCAUCCCCUUCACAGCUGCUUCAUCCCCUUCACAGCUGCUUCAUCCCCUUCACAGCUGCUUCAUCCCCUUCACAGCUGCUUCAUCCCCUUCACAGCUGCUUCAUCCCCUUCACAGCUGCUUCAUCCCCUUCACAGCUGCUUCAUCCCCUUCACAGCUGCUUCAUCCCCUUCACAGCUGCUUCAUCCCCUUCACAGCUGCUUCAUCCCCUUCACAGCUGCUUCAUCCCCUUCACAGCUGCUUCAUCCCCUUCACAGCUGCUUCAUCCCCUUCACAGCUGCUUCAUCCCCUUCACAGCUGCUUCAUCCCCUUCACAGCCUGUAG